AUGAAACACUCUUUGGAAGCAAAACCCGAAGAAACAAACAAAUUUAAAAGUGUUCACAAUUUUAAAUUUUUUGAUGAGAAUUUCGACAAAUUUAAUUUGAUUGCGCUCAAUAGUCAGCUUGUCGAAGAAGAAAAAAAUAAGUCAAGUGGUUUGACUGAUAAUGAAAUGGACCUCUCGCCAAAUAUCUAUAGAGGUGCUGAUUUAUUGAAAGUGAGGAAUGAACUUGAGUCACAACUGAGACAAACAAGUUUCACUACAUUUGAAGACGUCAAGAAAUAUUUAUUGAAAGGAUUGGAAGAAACUGUUCGUGUUCUUCCACUCAUCGAUUAUCAAAAUUUCCAAAUGAAUAUUUCUGUUAUUCACAGCGAGUCGACACAAGAAGUACUCGACAAUAUCAGUAAAAGUUUUGAUGUUCCUAUUAUUAAUUGUGAAGAUGUUGUUUCAAAAAAUUCAACUGGUAUUGUGGACUCUGGAACUUUAUUAAAAACUCCCGCUAUUACAAACUGUAUUCCGACUCAUCCAACAAUUCAAACAGGAAAUGUGACACGUGUUGAUUAUAGCCAGGCCACCGACAACGAAUCUCAAAAUACCAACGAUUCGACCAAAGAAGAAAUAAAAUUCACUGUGUUUGAGAUCGAACAAUUAGAAAAAAUGAAACACAUUAAAGAGCUCCUCAGACCAGAGAAUAAAUACUCCGCUGAGUACAUCUCACAAGAAACCAACAAAGAAGUACAAAGGCGACUUGGUAAAAAUGUUGAUAGUUAUUCAACAACAAAUGAUGCUGGAAAUGAAAGAGGCAGCUUUAUAACAAUGAUGGCUGCAUUGAUGAUGGGAGCGUGUGGGUUGACAAAUAAUCAAAUUGAUACCAUGUCAAAAUUGAUAUCCAUAAUUUUGCUCAUGUCCAAUGUUCCUAAAAAAGUUGUUAACACUGCUCUGAGUUCUUCAACCAUGCAACGGAGAUUUGAGUUGAUUUCGAAAAAAACCAGAUAUGACCUACAACUAAUCUUCAAGCAGUGUGACUAUUAUACACUAAUGGCGGAUUCAGCAAUGUAUAGUGGGGUUGAAUACUUUUCACUCUUUGUAAGAUUCGUGUUUUCAGAUGGAUCAUUUGAAGAAAAGAGAGUCAAAAUAGAAAACUAUGACGGCAAAACAGAUGCUGCGGGGUGGCUCAGUUGGAUAAUGAAAAUAUUGGAAUUGAUGGAUGCUGACCUCAUUAAAUGCAUUGGUGCUUGUUUUGAUGGAGCUUAUGUUCUGAUACGAAAUGGUGGGCUCUCUGGUAAACUCCUAGCUAAAAUAAAAGAGAGAGACGGGCUGAACGGAUUUGAUUCAAACUACUGCUUUUCACAUAGAACAAAUAAAGCAACUGAAAAGUGUUUUGAAUCGCAAUGGGGGCUGGCUAUUGAAAGUUUCUUGGACGGGUUAACAGUUCAGACAACAAGAACAGCAUGGGAUCAAUUCUGUGCCAAAAAUCAUAUCAAAGGUGCAGUUCUCAAAUUGGUUCAACGAUCCGAAACAAGGUGGCUCCAAACAGUAUUAAUUCUUGAUAAUAUGUUUGAGAAUCUGCCUUCACUUCAAGAAUUUUACAGUGAAAGAGAACAAUGCCAAAAGCCUUUUGGACCUCGCAACAUUAUGGGUGAGUGUAAUGUCAACUGCAAAUUGUUUGUUGCAUGUAUGUUCUUCACUCAAAUAGUGCUCA